CAGCGUUGCCAACGUACCGUACAGUUUGAGGCGUAUCACCGUAACGUACAGCGGUUUUUUGGUGUUGGCCCGUACGUACGCACCUGCAUGGCGACCCGUACAAAGCUCCGUACGUACUCAUUUUGGAUCGGGAAAGUACGGUAGUACGGUACUACGGAACGUCGGAUUUGGCUGGGGAUUUUGUUGCAAUUGGUGGAGAUUUCCUAUGCCCUCUACUAGCCCUGUGCGCUGUCAGAUAUUGCCUUGUAUAACAGUGUCGUAAGGAAGAAAAACUCUGAUUUUCUUGUAGUGUUGCCCAUCGUCCGAAGUACCUAUCGCCAUCGUCUGAACAUGGAUCGCUUUUUGACUCGCUCGCAGGCCUCGCAGGCCUCUCAGUCCACCCAGUCAACUCAGGUGGCAUCUAGCAGCUCUGGCAGCUAUCACUAUGCCGGGUCGCGUACGGCAGCUGUCAUGGCGAUGACCGACAGCUUCGGGAGUGUAGACGACUCACUAUCGGACGCUGAUACCGCUGAGGUGUCAGCUGACCCACACGUGUGGCCGGGAGACCUAAGGGCAAAUAGAGCCCAGUUUCCUAUUCAACACGCUGCUGCCGUCGCUGGGUCGUUAGGCUCUAUUUCCCAUAACCUUUGGCAGGAGGAGGAGCUGCAGAGGUCAUAGAACCAAUCGUCGUUACUGCGCACCCUACCAGCAAGCCACUCUACACUAUCAAAGUACGUGGUUUUGCAGCUAGCAGAGAGGAAAAAGGAUAUCCUAAAACUUCUAACUAAGUUAGAUAGUAGGAUUUCUAUAAGUUACGAUAUCUAGACGUCGCUAAAUAAUUACGACUUUCUUAGAGUUAUCGCUCACUUCGUCGGUAAGUUAGUGCCUAGCUGGAGAUAGACGGAGUUACGCUUUUAGCAUGUUUCUAGUAGAACACCAAAC